CCUUGGUACUUCGUUGGUUAAGGUUUACCUGAAUAAUAAAUGAGCACAGAAUAGUAUAAAGGAAGUUUGGACUUGCAUGACUCAAUUAAAAAAUAGCGUCUGAAAUCUCUUCAUCGACUCAAGUAAGCUAUAGUAAAACACAAUGGGAAGUAUUAAUUUGUAAAGAUUAAACGAUAUCUAUAAUUUAAAAGAUAUGGAGCCUUCUGAAGUUAACCUGAACCAGGAUUUAGGAGUUACUGUUAAAGAAGUAAAGGAAAGGCAAGAGCUGAUUGGAAGAUUUUGAAGCUUGUGACAAUACCCUAAUAUUUAGUACAAGGAUAACAAUCCUUACCAGCUAAAUAAAGAACCACAAACCAUUCUUUUCUUAAAAAUCGCCAGUUGGUGAUCUUGUUUUAUAAAAACUUUUGCUUCCCAUAAAUUACUCAAUUUCUAACUUAUAGGAAUCUACUAACGCCCCAAAUUUGUCUUAUUGAUAAAAAAAGCUUCUAACACUACUAAACUACACUUAUAUUGACUACGCAAACGUGCCAUCAGACUCUUUAACCCCCAUAAAAUCCACCCAAAAGCCAUCAAACCCUCAUUCCCCUAUCUUCCACACCCCUUCAGAUCCAAUUCACACCUGCCCCAAUCCAAACCUAUCCUCAACCACACCACCUCAAUGUUCUACAUCAUUACUACAAAUCCUCUCAAUUUGUCCUCUAUUGACCUAAAGCUUUACUUCCAAAGUAAAGAAGAGAGACAUUGCUUAGUAGUAGGCCACACAAGGAAGAUACUUGGGUUUAAGUUCAGAGUUCCUUUAGUGAGUUGUAUUUGAGUGGCGAGUGAACAGAAUGCUAGGAUUUUGAAGAAUUCGGAGAUUUUGUUAGAUACUUGCUAAAGGAAUAUUGCGGAAUAUUCACAAUCUGAAAGUGAGGAGGUUGAGGAUGAUAUCAAUAGCAAGGGAUUAUUGUUGCCUGUUGCAAAUAGAACCAUGGGGCAAUUCUUAGUUGGAAACUUACUUCAAAUUAAUGAACUAUUUAAAGCUACACCAAGGAACAAAACGCUGAGCUUGAGCUUGAGCUUCAGAAGUCUGAUUCAAAUAGACACAGAUCUGAAAAUAAAAUUUCAGGUCUACUCUAGAAUACUCUUGAAGCAGAUUCCUCAUGUCACACUUAACUUAUGCUUCGAAGGAUUUUUCUUCACGAAUAAAUACUUAAUGAAAGUAAUAAUGCAGAGCAAAAAAUGCAAGAAAUUACUGUUCAAGAGAUGUAACUUCGCAGUGUAUGGGUUUUAAGUUUACCUCAGACUUUAAGUCUGAAGUUGACAAUAUCAAGUUUGAAGAUAUAAACUCAAAUUUGAGCAAACCAUCAUAUGAAAUGUCCAAGAUGGCCAGAAAUAUUCUUCAGGAAAUUUGAAAGACUUCACUUAAAGAUACAGUGAAAAAUAUUUUCUUUAGCUGCAGAAUCCCAUUUGAUAAAUCUAUAUUAAUGAAAGAAAUUGAUGUCGGUCAAAGAGAAAUAAAUCUUUAUCCUGUAUUCAUUCCAUUCUGCUUGGAAUGUACUCUGUAAUGAUGCACUUGACAACAGUUU